ACAUCUAUGGUAUAAUUUGAAAGACUUGGAGUGAUUCAGAAAGUCAGAUGAAGAAAAGUUUAACAGGUUUGAAAAGGUAGUCAGAAUAGGAACUGAGUUGUAAAAGUGUAAUUUUAUAUAUAUCGUUACACGAUAUUUUGUAAGAGAAACAAUGUCGGAUAGUUACAACGAGGAACUGAAUGACAAAGAUGGUUCUGAUAUAAAUAAUUGGGUGUCAUACAAGGAUCGCGAAGAAUGGAGUGACGUGAUUCCUGUACCACAGGACGACGGUCCUAAUCCUAUUGUUGCAAUUUCUUAUUCCGACAAUUUUAGGGAAUCCUAUGAUUAUUUCCGUGCCAUUUUAAAGUCUGGUGAAAAGUCAGAGCGUGCAUUAGAGUUAACAACAAAUUGUAUCUGGCUUAAUCCAGCAAAUUAUACAGUAUGGCAAUAUAGGAGAGAGAUACUUAAAGCUCUUGGAAAAGAAUUACGAGAUGAGUUAAAGUUUAUUAAAAGAUUGAUAAAUAUUCAUACUAAAAAUUAUCAAAUCUGGCAUCAUAGAAAAAUUAUUGUUGAGUGGCUUCAAGAUGGUAGUGAAGAAUUAGAAUUUACAGAAAGUAUUUUAAGAAAAGAUGCAAAGAAUUAUCAUACUUGGCAGCAUCGUCAGUGGAUUAUAAAAACAUUUAACCUAUAUAGUAAAGAACUGGAGUAUGUGGAACAAUUGUUGGACGAAGAUAUUCGCAAUAACUCUGCUUGGAAUCAACGAUAUUUUGUAAUAAGUAAUACAACAAAAUUCGAACAAAAUGUAAUUGAUAGAGAAAUUGAUUAUGCCUUAGAUAAAAUAACAUUAGUGGUGGAAAAUGAAAGUGCAUGGAACUACCUACGAGGAAUUUUGAUGCACGAUAACGAUGGUUUGGCUUAUAAUGAAAAAGUAAGACAGAAGUGCGAGGAAUUGUAUUCUAAUGGGCGUCGUGUUAAUCAUUUACUGGCUUGUAUUAUAGACAUUUCUGAAGAAGUACCUAUAUCGUAUGAGUCGCCAAAUUCGAUAUUUCAUAUUAAUAAUGCUAUAAAGCUAUGUAAAGAAUUAUCUGAAAAAUAUGAUCAGACAAGGAGGAGAUAUUGGGAUUAUAUUGGUCUACAAUUAACGGAAAAGUUGAAGCUGGAAUCUUCGUAAUUUCUUUAUAAGUAUGUAGACUACAUUUUUAUAAAGACGCACUCUUCACCAUUAGUAUAUUGUAAUCUUUUUACUUGAAAAGAACUGUAUCAUAAGUUUCUAUGUUGAGAUGACAGUGAUGUAUCAAUACAAAAUAAAUUGUUCAUAAAAUUUGAUAAUGCAUUUUAUCCUAAUUGAAAAUGUUUGAUAAAAUACACAUACAAAGACCCAUAGCAGUAUUAUACUAAUUUUAAGUGAUAUAAAUAAUAGAAUAAGCUGUACAUACAUGGACAGUUGAAAUAAAAUGAUUAUGACUUUUAUAAGACAUAUUUUUUUCCCCAUUACAGAGAAUGCAGUAAGUUUUCUUUUUUCCACAGGUAAAAUAUCAGAUACGUAAUACAAAUCAUUGAACAUUGAUUAUCUAUUUAUUUAUAAAAUAGUUACAUACCUUCAAGUAUAUUAUAAUAACUAAUUAUGAUAAUAAUUAUACGAAUGGUUAAACUUUCACAUAACUAACAAUAAGGUAGCUGUGAACGCUGCGUUUCAAACGAUGAUUUCAAACUGAAAAUAUUUUCGUUCGUCUUUAAAUCGUCGCUAUAGGCGAGUUAAUAUUUAAAUCAAAUUUAACAAUUGUUUAUACAAGUUUUUGGAUUUAUGAUCACCACCACGAGGCAGUGUCAAAAUAUGUUUAGCGAGAAGUAAAUUUCGUUGCGAACAAAUUGCGGCAGUGACUGCAUUUAAACCAGACAAUUCAUCUUUCCUUUUCUGCUAACAAGCGUUCGAUCGAUUAUUUAAACUCACAGAAGUCACAGAUCUUUCUUUUCUAAACUAUAUACAUGAUAAUUUAUCUAUUUUUUUUCUGGCGUUCAAAUAAAAUAAUUAAUUUGAUGUUUAUUCAGGACUUCUUUCCUCUACGUGAGUGUAAAAUGUAAUUGUUUUUAAAGGGAAACCGAAUUAUUCGUAAAUAAUUGUUUAUUUGUAUCAGAUAUAUUAAAUAUAAAUAAAAUAUUCUAGAUUUCAAUUGGUAACAUUAUGAUUAUUGACAGAUAGAAACAAUUAUAGGCCGUUUUUUAUUAUCAAAAAUGACCAUGUAGUUCAUUUAAAAACAAAUUUGAUCGAUUUAGUUUGAAUUCAUAGAUGAAUUUCGGAGUUCAUUAUCUUUCUGUAUGUUUGUGAGAACUGGAUUUGGUGGUUAUUGAUUCUACACGCUUCGUGUAAUACUGUAAGAUUUUAAUAGAAUAUUCGGUAUUACACAUGACACAAAUCUGUUGACACGUGUAAACAGCAAAGUGAUAUUACUUUUUAAGUUGGCCAAUAUAUAUUAGCAGAUACGUAAUGCGCGAAAAAGAUUAAUCGUAUAUAUCGUAUCGUUCAAGUAAUCCUCGAGAACAUGUGUCUAACGUGAAAAUAAGUAAUGAUCGAUGUUUCAUUUCGAUGAAAAAAUCUUGCUAAUCUAACAUAAUCAUGUACGCAACGAAACGUGUGUCCUCGAUGUAAAAUAUCUGCUGCGAGGGCAUGUUCUUAAGUUUUUCUAUCCUAACAUUUAACAAUCAACAUUCAAACGAUUAGUCCGUUAUAUGUUCGUACCGAUGGAAAACAAGUCCUCUUAUACGGUUAAAGAAAGAAAUAAAAAGACACGAAUUCGUGUGCACGCGAUUUUCCUUGACGAAUCCAUGAUGGUUUACUCUGUUCAAUUUUGAAUUGCAAAAUUGCUUCCAAAGAGGGAUUGCUUCCGGCGGUACAUUAUAGGUACAAGAUAUACGUAGUUUUACCACGGAUAUAUACAUAUACACUUGAUUUACACCGAAAAUAUAACGUCAUAUGAAUAUUUUUACCACUUUCUCGCCAUUUUCUUUUUCUUUGUUUAAAUUCCGUCAUAUUUAACAUGUCGUAUAGUAUGUACUCUCUCUUUUUCUCAACUAACUGUGAUCAGAAUACGGUGCCUGAAAAUUUGCAUGUCACGUACGAUGGACGUUCGUGAAACUUUGGAACAGUUUACCAUAGCUACAUGCAUGUAGAAUUAUUUGGUACUUUGGAAAUAUCGAUUUGUACUAAUACUGGUCAGUAAUGAAAAAUAUGCGAUUAUCCGAAGUUACAUCCAAUCCAAGGUUAAAGACAUGAUAUUCUUCGAAGUUACAGUGUUUGCAAUUUUGAAAAGAGAAGAAAAUUAUUAUUAACCUUGAUGGCAUACAUGUGAAUUUAAAUUUGCAUAUUACUACUACAAAUAUUGAUAUUGUUUCAGUGUUUUUAUAUCUGGAAUAUUCCAUAGAAAACCAUUAAAUGAGGCUACUAUUUAAAUGUGAAAUUAAAAUAUGUAUUUUGAAGCAGAAAUUCCUCAAUGGUUUCGUCGAAUUCGUACAUCGUCCGGAACCUGUAAUCCUUGUUAAAGGAAAAUGUAACAUUGUUUGCUCCGUAAUUUUUCGUGCACCGUCUAACACAGUUAGUCUAUAUUUUAAUGUUCGCAAUAUUCUCCUUAUGAAUAUAAGUAAACUAUAUGAUUGGACCAUCUGUCAGCCAGUGCGAGCACAGCCUGACCAUAAUCUUCCAUAUUUCUAUUUAAUAAUUUCUCUUAAAUAUUGAUGCUGACCGCGAAUGGCUCAAUGACUUAUCCAACAUUAUUCGUCGCGUUAGCUAGCUUAUUUCUUCAGGACAUCGAGCCCUUUGCACGGAUCUAUACCAUUUUGAUCUCUCUGUUCAGCAAUUAUACUAUGCCUAGUAGACACCACCGUAAAUAUCUUCUAUUAAAGAUGCAACUAGCUAUUAAGUAGAAGAUAGAUUUCGUAUAGAGAAGAUAGAUCGUUGAAUCCUAUUCACAUACAGUGUUGUCUACAUUAAAACAGAUGGGAUAUUACAUGCAUUUUGUACCCCUUGAGAUUCUUUUUGUCGUUUAUAGUGGAGCUAAUCGAGACAGUUUCCUUCAAUUUUUUUGUUAAAUCUUUGGGCCACAGUGUGCUAAUAAUAGACUUCAUUCAAAAUAACAACACAUCUUAUCAAAUUUCUAUACAGGCUGUAUACAGGGUGUCCCAAAUAUGUUGGAGUUCCUUGAAAGGGGUGAUUUGAAAGAAUUUUUUCCUUAGCGAAAAUGUUGUCCGAGGCUUCGUUAAGAAGAUAUUAAACAAAAAACCCCGAGCACACCCAGUAGCGUAGGCUACGCGUUAGACAGCCGCAGUAGCGUAGGCUACGCGCUAGGCGGCCGCGCUUUGAUUAGUCGAGGUUUUCUGUUAAUAUCUCCUUAACGAAGCCUUGGACAACAUUUUCGCUAAAAAAAAGUUGUUUCAAAUCACCCCCUGAACCAUCUCUUUCAAGGAACUCCAACACUUUUAGGACAUCCUGUAUAUCAUAUUUCUAGUAGAAUGAGUUUCUGCAAAGAGGUCAUCUCAAUAUCUCAAUUGAUAUACGAAAUAAACAGCUAAGCAGCAGCACGAUAUUCCUUGAGGGGAGAUAAGAACAGAUUGAAUUUUGGUUCCCUUGUUCUUCGAGUUGAGACCGUACGAUUAUGAUUAAGUCUCAAUCUGAUAAGCAUUAGUGUAUUGGAAAUUUGAAUAAUUUCGUGCUGAUGUUAAUUCUGUGAUAGUUUAGAUUUAUAAAAUAAUAUGAGCGGAUUUUCGGAUAUAUCAAAUUAUACUGAGGUAAUCAGAUGGUAUCUGUUUUGUGCAACGCAAAGUAUGUAUACUUCCUUCAUUAGUAGACUGUGGAUGUUCAUGCAAAUUCAUAUUUUCAUAGAUACAGAAAAAGAAUCGACACUUAAAUGAAAGUAUCUUAUCUUCUAUGUGGUAUGUAUUUUUUUAUUACCACACGUCUUCGUAGAUUUCUCCAUAUUUCCAUUUGUUAUAAAUGAAUAAACAUCCGCAGUCUAUUUAUUAAAGUGCCAGUUUUUUUUUGUGUUAACUGUGAAUGUCUACGGAUAAGAUAACCGAAGUUACAUUCUCUAUUGAUACAAAAUAUUGAUCCUUGUUGUAAUAUAAAUAGAUAAAAUAGAGGUUUAGAUAUAAUAUUUGAACUUUUCUGGGUUACAAUAUUUGCUAGGAUUUGCGUAACAACGUUAGGAGUUUGCUAGGAUCGGCACUCAAUUAUAGAAUUAUAAAAAUAUCAGGACUUUUCGUAAAACAGGAAUUUGGUCCAAUAAUGCUCUAGCAGCUGAUAUUAUGGUUGUCUCCGAUUUUCAUUCAGAAAAUAAAUUUGUUAGAAAUGAUGAAAUGGAGGUUGGUCCGCCAUCUAGGAAUGAAAACGUCUCGAACCAAUCGAUUUUCAACAUCCAAACAAUAUCCGAAAGAAAAAAUUGAUAUUAAAAAGCUAUAUAUAUUAAUGUAUUUACAGUAAACCAAGAAAAUAAGUUUCCUACAUCGAGACACCGGAGAAAGAAACACGAAGAUAAUAAAAAUGAAACGGUGACAUGCGCCAUGGAAAAUUUGAUAUGGAGUGGUGUUUCACUUCACUGUAUCAAACUAUAGGAAUACAACACAAAUUUUAUUUGUUUUCCGUGCAAAGAAUAUUUAGAUUUAAAUUAUUCUUAUUCGAAUAAAUCAUUAGGUAUGUCUGUUCUUUCGAUGAUUACCUAAAGUAUUAAAAUAUUAUUUACAGUACAUAUAUACACACUUAGUUGUUGCCAUUUAAUGAAGCUUAUCGAUAUGUAUUUAUUUGAAUUUUCAAGAAAAGGAACUUAGAUAAUAUCACGAAAUUAUUCGAGUUUCCCUUAUAUUCUCGUGGAAUCAAAAUUUUCUCUUUGACUUAAGGUGUGGCUUGAGGACAAAUUGGCUAUGCUUAGUGUGUAAAGUGCCUCUUUACUGUUAGAAAUAUAUAGAAACUUCAAAAUAUCCUAUUCCUACAUACAGGACUAUAAUUUUGAAAACUAUAUGAAUUGAUUAAUUCAGUUUUUUUUUAUUUUCAACUAAUAUACCGCAUAGCGACAUAAUAUAUGUAUAGCUAUUAUCGUUGUUUAAAUGAUUCAUUCUUACUUGAACAAUACAAUAUGCGUACUUAAUGUGAUAAAAAAAAAGUACUGUGCAUUUUAAAUAGUGUUUUCAUCCUUCGAUGCUCUGCCCCAAAGAGUUAACACAUAUUAAUGCUUGACAUUAGAAUUAACUCUCCUUUCACAGAAAGUUUUGAAACGUUAUUCAAAAGUUUGGUGCCUCCACUUUUGGGAAAUAUCGUGAAGCAAUACACGUGAUCGUGUAUUAUCCUACUCAACGUAGAGCGAAUAAAGUUUGAACGUCGAAAUUCGUAAACACCAAUUAACGCAAAAAGAAUCGAGAUCCUUUUGCUUUUUAUUUAGUCGUUGAUUUCACGAAACAUUUUUGUGAAGCUUAAUAAAUGAUUAGAAGUAGAUGCUUUUCAAACAUUCGUUCAGUAUUCCAUAAAUACCUUCUGUGAUUACCUGACUGGCCAGUAUCGUGAUUUUGAAAUAGCAAACGUUUGAAACAUUUGAUCGAUACUAACUGAGACUUUCGGGUGUACAUUAUGUCCUAUAAGUAAGAUAUGCCGACGUUCCAUCGGAUUGCAAUUAGCUUCUUCAGGGGUUCAAUGACACACUGAAAUUUGUCUCAACUUGAUAGAUAUUACUGUACUUGUAGGUAGGUAUUCACUCAGCUUGGGCAAUUUUGAAAUGAUAUUAUUCGAAAAUUAUUUCAAAUAACGUGGUUUUAUUUCAUUUUUAUCUUUUAUAAUAGCAAAUGUUUUUUCUCAAAAAUUCAUUAUGAGGAACCCUGAAGAAGCUAGCUGCCAUGCUGGCGACACGGUUUAUCCCACCAAAGCCUCGGAUAGUAUCAACUGUGAAGAAUCAGGCUGUUAACAUUUUCUUAUGUUUGUAUAGAGCAAACGCUGGAAUUAAAUUUUAAGACUGUCAAACAGAUUUAUAAAACAUUUGGUAACAAUUUUCAAAUAUAAGUCAACGAUCUGUUUGACGAUCUCGCUGUAAGGUGUUCUCGAAAAUUGUUGCUGCAAGUGUUUCGAUAGCCACACCGGCGAAAACGUUCUACCACUUUCUCUACUUUCUUUGAACCUUUACAAAGUAAAAAUCGUGACGCACGAUUGAUACGUGUACACCGAUUCUUACGC